GCGGCGCGUUGCAUAGUGCAUUGGCGCGCGGAGAGGUGGCCCACGUGUCUCCUGGGAAGCCGGUCUCGGGAUCCCCUACUCCUUUCGCCCCCGCGAUCCAGGGCGCCCCCUUGGCCCCCUUGGUGUCCGCCCACCCCCGGCCCGCGUGAAGAGGGCCUGCAUAGUUUCCCCAGCUCAGUGGGCCAACUUCGAGGAGCAACUUUGUCGGUGGAGCGGCGCCGGGGGGGAACGGGGCACUGCGCAUGCGGAGCUCCAAAUUCAAACAGCUGUUUCCAGAGGCUGGUGGAGCCGCUGGGGCUAGUGGAGCCUUUUCCCAGGAGACAGCCUCUCCGGAGCCAUGGUAGACCGGGGCCCUCUGCUCACCUCGGCUAUCAUUUUUUACCUGGCCAUCGGGGCGGCGAUCUUCGAGGUGCUGGAGGAGCCGCACUGGAAAGAGGCCAAGACAAACUACUAUACGCAGAAACUGCGUCUGCUCAAGGAGUUCCCGUGCCUGGGCCAGGAGGGCCUGGACAAGAUCCUGCAGAUAGUGUCUGAUGCUGCAGGACAGGGAGUGGCCAUCACAGGGAACCAGACCUUCAACAACUGGAACUGGCCCAACGCAAUGAUUUUUGCAGCCACAGUCAUCACCACCAUUGGCUACGGCAACGUGGCCCCCAAGACCCCCGCCGGGCGCCUCUUCUGCGUCUUCUAUGGUCUGUUUGGGGUGCCGCUCUGUCUGACUUGGAUCAGCGCCCUGGGCAAGUUCUUCGGCGGACGUGCCAAGAGGCUGGGCCAGUUCCUCACCAAGAGAGGCGUGAGCCUGCGCAAGGCGCAGAUCGCGUGCACGGCCAUCUUCAUCGUGUGGGGCGUGCUGGUCCACCUGGUCAUCCCGCCCUUCGUGUUCAUGGUGACGGAGGAGUGGGACUACAUCGAGGGCCUCUACUACUCCUUUAUCACCAUCUCCACCAUCGGCUUCGGCGACUUUGUGGCCGGUGUGAACCCCAGUGCCAACUACCACGCCCUAUACCGCUACUUCGUGGAGCUCUGGAUCUACCUGGGGCUGGCCUGGCUGUCCCUUUUCGUCAACUGGAAGGUGAGCAUGUUCGUGGAGGUGCACAAGGCCAUUAAGAAGCGGCGGCGGCGGCGUAAGGAGUCCUUCGAGAGCUCCCCACACUCCAGGAAGGCCCUGCAGGUGGCCGGGAGCACGGCAGCCAAGGACAUCAACAUCUUCAGCUUUCUGUCCAAAAAGGAGGAGACGUACAAUGACCUCAUCAAGCAGAUCGGGAAGAAGGCCAUGAAGACGGGCGGGGGCGGGGAGCGGAUCCCGGGCCCAGGGCCCCAGGGGGGCGGGCUGCCGGCUCUGCCCAGCUCCCUGGCCCCCUUGGCGGUCUACUCCAAGAAUCGGGUGCCCAGCCUGGAAGAGGUGUCCCAGACGCUCAGGACCAAGGGCCACAUAUCGAGGCCCCCCGGUGAGGAGGCUGUGGCGGGGGGCCCCAAGGAGGUCUCCCCCACCUCCGAGGUGUCCAUCAACCAGCUGGACCGCAUCAGCGAGGAGGGCGAGCCGUGGGACGCCCAGGACUACCACCCGCUCAUCUUCCAGAACGCCAACAUCACCUUCGUGAGCGCGGAGGCCGGCCUCUCGGACGAGGAGACCUCCAAGUCCUCGCUGGAGGACAACCUGGCCCAGGAGGAGAGGCCCCAGGAGGGGGCUGUGGCCGAGGCGCCCCUGACCCUGGGCGAGUUCCCCUCGUCGGACGAGUCCACCUUCACCAGCACCGAGUCGGAGCUCUCCGUGCCUUAUGAACAGCUCAUGAACGAGUACAAUAAGGCCAGCGGCCCCCAAGGCACGUGAGGCCGGACCGGCCCCCCACCCCGCUCUCAUGGCGUCUGUGCCCCUCAGCCUGGGGCGUCCUGUCGUGGCCGGGCUCCUGGCCCCUAGUGGGGGGCAGCCCUGGACCCGGGAGUGGGGGGCCAGGAGCCUUCCUCGCCUUCAUCCCCUGCAGCUAGAGGCCGCCGGUCGGACACAGCGCGCCCAGGACAGGGCCUCUGUGCUCCGGCCGAGCGGGCACCCCAGCGGUGGGAGGCGUCUGUCCUGAGCUCGGCUGGUUUAGCAGCCCGUGUGGGCUGGCAGGACUGACCCCAGAGAGGCCUGCAGCUGCGUGGGUCUCGGCCCUGUCAUGCGGUUAAGAAUGUCACACGGUUCUCUUAGGUUGGGGCGGGGGGACCUCGGCUGUUUGAGUUCGCCAGUGUUAAUGAGCUCCCGUGCACCUGGCACUGAGAAGGGUGACAUGGAGGGGGGCGGAGGCCGUGUGAGACCCCCGUGUCUUCGGGGGGCUGGGUGCCAGCACCUCUGCAGUUGUGGGGCCUUGCCUGGGGCACGUAUCUCACCAUCCCCCGGUCCCACCUCAUCUGCCUGAUGUCACCCCUACUGCAAAGCUCGUAGGGAAGAGGCCAUCAAGGGGAAAUGGGGCGGGGAGCCCCUGGGCAGGUGCCGAAACUCUCCUGAUGUGGGGGACCCAGAGCAGGUUCCGGAUGUGGCCCCAGGUCCCCAUGCUUCUGGUGGACUGACUGGGAUGGAGCCCAGCCCAGAGCCCAGUUCCCCGUCUCAGGCACUCUUUGGCCAAGCCCCUGUGGGUGCUGAGAGAAAGGGAGGGUGGCAGGCCGAGGUCGAGAAGGCUGGGGCUCCAGGAGCUGUGAGACGGGGCUUGUCAGUGGCUCGUUCUGCCCCUGCCCCGCUGCCUCCUCUCCUUGUGCCCAGAAACAGGACCUCGCUGCUGCCCAGCCUGCCCUUGGCUCACAAGUGGGGAAUGGCCAAAUGUGUGAAUCCAACUCCUCCCUCCAGCUGCUAUUUGUCACAUGUGUUUAUGUGUCUGUCUGUCCGUCUGUGUAGGAAAGGAAAGGCUCUUCGAUGGGGGGAGAGCAAAAGAUAAUGUGAAACUCUACACAUCGUUCAGGCGAGGGGCUGGCAGAGGUCUUGGGUUCUCCGUGAUAUGCACACUAGGGCCGGCCCCCUCUGUCCUGCAGGUUUUGUUUUGUGAAUUUUUUUUUCCCCAUGAACUGCUGUUUUUUCAUACCUGGCAUCUGUUGGCUUCAGAGCCAGAGGGGAGAACAGGUGAAAGAGUGGGGUCCCAAGGAUGGGGUUUCCAGUGCUCACUCUCCUGUCCCCCUGCAACCCAACUAGGCUUUUUUGGUGACCUUGGCCAAAGUCAUGGUGUCGGAGCCAGGCAGGCAGAGUGGGCAUGUGGCAUCGGUCGCAGGCAACCAAAUACUGAGCAGGAGGCGCCCCCAGACACCCUCUCUGCCUCGGUCGCCGCGCUGGUGCUGUGGGCCCUCCCGGACCCCCACUCAGCUUGUAACCCAGGGGGGUGUGGGCCUAGCAGCAGGGUGGGAAGAAGCGGGCUUUAGUUGUUUCUUUUUUUUUUUUUCUGUGAAAUGAUUUAACGAGCUUGUCUCACCCCACUUGCCUGGGGUGUCACUGGCUGUCCUGGAAUCACACACACUGUAUGUACAUACUGGUAAUGAUGUCAACUGUAAUUUAUUUUAACAUUUUUUACAAUAAAACAUGAGAUGGACAAGGCA